AGCCAUUCGUAGUUUGAUAUUUGGAGCGUUCGGCACGUUUCAUCUCGCGCAAUAAGACAUUUUUUCUAUUUCUAAAAAUUCAUAGUGGCAAUUAUAAUGGAAUCGGACGAGAUCGAAGCAGCCUCGAAAUCAGGAAUGAAUAUUCGAAAUGAUAAGAAUCCCAUUAUCGACUACGACGAAGACAGAUGGCAAUUAUAAUGGAAUCGGACGAGAUCGAAGCAGCCUCGAAAUCAGGAAUGAAUAUUCGAAAUGAUAAGAAUCCCAUUAUCGACUACGACGAAGACAGAUUACAUGAGAUGACAGCAUCCUAUUCCGAGAUAUCAUUUGAUUCACAAUCCUCGCCACCUAUUUCGGAAUUGAGAUCACUCAUUGAUUCUCCAGAUAUCGAGAGUGGAAAGUUUUUGGAUGACAAUUUGGAGAAAAUAGGAGCUACUGGCCACAGACCGGAUCAAUUAGAUUUGAAAAGUAGAGGUGGUAGUCCAACAGAAGAUGACGAUCUGGACCCGCCGAGUUAUCAUAAAGCUAUGGGUUAUUUGCAAUUGGAAGGAAGAGUGAUGCAAGACGGCGACAUGGUAUUAUUUGUUACAGAGGAUUUAGAGAAUAAGAUCAAAUUGUCCAGUCCUGUGACAAAGAAGGGAGAAACUCCAUCGUUUCCGGGAUCGCGAAGCUCGACUCCAUGCUUGUACAGGCAGGCCUUGACUCCACAAUUGCCACCUCUCGAUCACAAUGUAUUAAAUGAAUUAGAAAUGGAAGCUAGGAAGGUUGCAACCUCUGUGGACGCUUUGACUGAAAAUCUCGCUGCAAUUUUACAAAAUGCAUCAGCUCUUACAGUUGGCUGUUUAGAAACCUAUAGAGAUGCAGUGUGUAAAACGUGCGAUGCUGUUGAUCACAAUAUAAAAUCAAUGUAUCAAUUAAUGGCUAAAUGCGAAGAACUAUCAAAGUCGAUGGGACCAAUUUACAAGUUAGCAGAACAGAUAGAAUAUAAAAUCUUCGAUUUCAAUGGCAUGUCAUGGCUGGGGAUAAUAUCUGGUCAAUGUUACAGCGAUUAAAGGUCAAGCCGAGACUUUCUUAGCAAAUUACUCAGAGACGGUGCAAGUGUCCUCCCGUGGGAGCUCGUCUCUUCGUCUGAAUCUCACCAGGAGGAGACAAGGAAAAGGGGAUGAAAUCGGAGCCGUGUCUCUGAAGUCUCUGAGGCUCUCGGAGGGGAGAGUAGUCGGGAGAAAUGAAACGAAUAAAAGAAACAUAUUAUGGAGCGAGUCAAACACGCGUCUCUGUUCGCGCGAAGGGGUUGGGAAUAGCCGCGUGCUAGCAACGUGCGAUGAGGAGCGAAUGAAAGGGAAGAAAUGAGAGGGGAAAAAAUCGCUUGACAGAUCACAGACUACUAAUUAAAAAACUCGGCAUCGCGACGCCCUUGCUCGUUCCCGCGCGAAACGUUGCCCUUUCCCCUCCCAUCUCUCCCUUUUCGCGAGCCAGCCGCAUAAGAAACCUUUCGCCUUCUCCCUUUCAUCACCCCAUCACCAUCGCCCAUCUCGCUACCUCUUCUGGAGGGCACCGCAUACCUCCCUCAUCUAAUAGCCAAUGAGAGUUCUCUUUUUUCUACUGGAUUUUCUGUGCGAUCUUUUUCUUCCCUUUCGCGCGUUCACGUAGACCGAGGGUGCAAAAAUAUAGGGAUCCAGCGUAUGGUACGUUAUCCUUUUCACAGCUUCCGCAAGCUUGGAAGAGAGGAGAGAAGAAAAGGAUUUUUCACCGGUAAAGCUUCUUUGAAGGGAAAUCUCUUAAACCGAUUACUAAUAAAAGUAGCGCAUCAUUUCACGUAAGAUCUUAACGUUCAUUUCAACUACCGCCUAUAUAAAUCAGUUUUCAAUUGUAAGAUAUAAUUAGUAAAAAUAUGUUCUCUGCGAAAUUUGGGCGAAGAAUCAAAAAGCAAGUCAUUUUUAAAGAUUUUAGAGAUUUAAAUAUCC